UGCACCAUCAAAGUGAAGCGCCACGGACUUCAGUCAACAAUGGAUGGGUUAAAAUCACCGUGUCUUGUAGCGCUGGUUUUCGCUACUUUAUUUACAAAAGGGCUCCCCAGUCCAUUGCAAGGCACGGAGACCUGGGGCUACGUGACAGUCCGAGAUGGGGCGCACAUGUUCUGGUGGCUUUACUACGCGGACUCUCCAUCUGCGGAAUACAGGGAUCUGCCUCUGGUUAUGUGGCUGCAGGGUGGUCCAGGAGGGUCUGGAACAGGCUUUGGGAACUUUGCUGAGAUUGGUCCUCUGGAUGGAGACCUGAAGCCCAGAGACACCACAUGGGUGCAGUCGGCGAGCGUGCUGUUUGUGGAUAACCCCGUGGGCACUGGUUUUAGUUACACCGAUGAAGAGGACGCCUAUGCCACUAAUGUGUCUACUGUAGCCUUAGACAUGCUAGUGCUGCUAAAGAACUUCUUCAACUCACUAGAGGAGUUUGAGAGCAUUCCCUUCUACAUCUUCUCUGAGUCCUAUGGAGGAAAGAUGGCCUCUGCGAUCUCCCUGGAGCUGACUAAGGCCAUUGCACAAGGAUCUAUAAAAUGUAACUUUGCUGGAGUUGCACUUGGAGACUCCUGGAUUUCCCCAUUGGACUCUGUCAUGACCUGGGGCCCAUACCUCUACACCACUUCCCUCCUGGAUGACCCAGGGCUGGCAGAAGUGACCGAUGUAGCUCAGCAGGUGAAGGACGCUGUGGGGAGUGGGCACUUCCUCAAGGCCACAGAGCUCUGGUCCUUGGCUGAGUCUGUGGUGGAAAAGAACACCAACAACGUCAACUUCUACAACAUCCUCACUCAAGACACAGACGAGAAAGUCACCGCACGCUCAGGAGAAGAUUUCAUAUGUGAGGAACUAACUCCAUCCAAAAUAUUGUGUUCUUACUCCAUAAAAUCUGAAUCAUGUCUCUUGUGCUCUCUGACAGCUCUUCAGUUCCGUCGCCACGUCAACCGCCUCCAUAAACAGUCUCUGAGUGAGCUCAUGAACGGACCAAUCAGGAAGAAGCUGGGUGUGAUCCCUCAGAAUGUCACCUGGGGAGGCCAGUCUGAGGGAGUGUUUCGGAACAUGGCAGGAGACUUCAUGAGACCAGUGAUAGACCUGGUGGACCAGCUGCUGUCUGCUGGCGUCAAUGUGACAGUGUACAAUGGACAGCUUGACCUUAUCGUGGACACCAUGGGUCAGGAGCUGUGGGUGAAUAUGCUAAAGUGGGAAGGGCUUUCGUACUUUAAUAAAAUGCGCUGGACUCCUCUCGAUGACCCUUCCUCUCCUGGAGUCACCGGAGCCUUUUACAAGAACUACAAGAACUUCUCUUUCUACUGGAUCCUCAAGGCCGGACACAUGAUUCCCUCAGACCAGGGCCCCAUGGCUCUCCGGAUGCUGCAGAUGAUCACCCAGCAGACCUCCUGACCUCUGACCUGACCCACAGUCACCUGUGCUGUUUGGAACAGCACUGACAAUCAAAUCACUGACACUUUUCUAUUUCUCUUAAACCAAAUCAUUGCUCUGAUUUUAACCAAAGCAUCAAUAAAGCUGUUUUUAGAAA